CUUUCCUUUCAAAGUCCUCAGGAGAAUCAUGCAUAACCAAAGCUUUGUCAAUGAGUUCAUACUCCUGGGGCUUUCACAGAACCCCCAAAUUGAGAAAAUAUCAUUUGUUAUAUUUCUAUUGGUCUAUUUUGCAACUCUUGUUGGCAACAUGAUAAUUGUGGUGACCAUUGUCUACAGUCCUGCACUGCUAGGCUGCCCUAUGUACUUCUUCUUGGCAUUCCUCUCCUUCCUCGAUGCUUGUGUCUCUUCUGUUGUCACACCAAGGAUGAUUGUAGAUUUGGUUUAUGAGAGGAAGACCAUCUCUUUUGAAUGUUGCAUGACACAGGUCUUUGCUGUGCACUUUCUUACUGCAGUGGAAGUCAUCAUUCUGGCAGCCAUGGCCUAUGACCGCUAUGUGGCCAUUUGCAAGCCCCUACACUACUCUUUCAUCAUGAACAGGAGGCUCUGUGGUAUUCUGGUGGGGGUAGCCUGGGCUGGAGGAUUCUUACAUUCUAUCAUACAAAUUGCCUUCACAUUGCAAUUGCCCUUCUGUGGACCCAAUGUCAUUGAUCAUUUCAUAUGUGACCUGUUCCCAUUGCUGAAGCUCGCCUGCACUGACACACACAUUUUUGUCAUUUUGGUAUUUGCCAACAGUGGAUCUAUCUGCAUCAUUAUAUUCUCCUUUUUGCUUGUUUCUUAUGGUGUCAUUUUGUUCUCUCUGAGAGGCCACAGCUCUGAAGGGCGCCGAAAGGCUCUGUCCACCUGUGGAUCCCAUGUUACUGUUGUAGUUUUUUUCUUUGUUCCUUGUAUAUUAAUAUAUGCACGACCUACAUCUCCAUUCUCUUUUGAGAAAAAUGUGUUUGUAUUUACAGAUGUCCUGACACCAUUGCUCAAUCCUAUGGUAUACACCUUCAGAAAUAAGGAAAUGAUAAAUGCCAUCAGGAAAAUGUGGAAGAGGCUGAUAGUGGUUUCUGAUAAAUAUUAAAACUUUUCACUUACAUGACUGAGCAGAUGGCUCAGGGGAUAAAAUACUUGCUGAGU